AUGUCCGACAUAGUUGUUCAGACGAGUGCUAGCAUUCCAAGCGCUAGGAAGCGAGGAUUGAGUGCGGCGAGAGUAAGUCUGAAAGCUGCGUCGUCGAUAUCGAAGACGGUGAGCAACCUUCGACAGGGUAGAGCGGAGUCCAGUCAGAUUUUGAGUGGAUCACGAACUCCUGAAUCGAUCCACAAGUCUGUGAGUAUAGUAGCAACGGAUAAAUCUGCGUCAAGCUUUCAAACUGGGACCCCAAAGCCGAUGGGAAAUUCUGUGCCUGGGGUGGAGAUCAAGGCAAGAUCAAGCGCAGCUGAAGAAGAUGGGGAAGUUGAGCUUAAGACAAAAACGAUCUACAUAGACGAAUUUGGGGGCAGAAAACCUGAAGGUUUAAGAAUGCGGCCGACAAAAUUUAUGAGGAAGUAUCCGGAGCUGUUCAGAAGUGAUGUCAGCGUACAUCCCAGCUACACUGGCCUGCUGAACUACCCGUACAAUGUCAUAUGCCGUCAACGCUUUCACAAGAACAAACUAAAGAUGAAUCGCCAGUUGAACAGGGAGAUACAGAACAUAACGAUGACCCAAAGUCUCGCCCUGGACGGAGUUCGCGUUGGCAGAACUUUCACUGUCGGAUUUCCGUCCUCCGCACUCAAGGUUCCAGAUUUUGCGACUCCUAAUGACAGGCUUCGUCUCGAUAGAAUGCUUGUUGAGCGAUGACGUAGUAUAUGACAAAGGUCUUAACAAGUGUACAACAUAUAGGCGAACAAAUAAAGUAGAAUGUUGAAUGUCCAA